CUGACCGCACCCAUAUCUUUGCAACACUCGAAUCAACCGAAUCGAACCCUGGGCCUAAAUUCAAGACGACCUCGCUCUGACCCCAGCGCCAUGUCUUCCGACAGCAGAAAAUCGAGCGAGCAUACUAAGGCAGAAAAUCAAAUUGUCACACCGCCUCAACAAUAUGAGAAAGUGGAACUCGAAAAUGCUGUGAUACCGGAAGUCGAUGCGGCGACGGAAGCACGACUCCUGAGGAAACUCGACUGGCGAAUUAUCCCCAUGCUAUGCUGGGUCUACUUGAUGAACUUCAUGGAUCGAGUCAAUAUUGGAAAUGCUCGUCUUUACCACCUGGAGGAGGAUCUCGGUCUCGUUGGCAGCCAGUAUCAGAUCGCUGUCGGCAUUCUCUUUGUCACAUACUGUCUCUUUGAGACCCCGUCAAAUUUAAUCAUCAAGAGGCUCCAGCCGGCCAGAUACCUCGGCGGCCUCCUUUUCGCCUGGGGCAUGAUCGCCACCUUCUCUUCCUUCGUUCAGAACUUCGCCGGCCUCGUCGCCUGCCGUCUGCUCUUGGGUGCCUUCGAAGCCGGACUAUUCCCCGGCGUCAUCCUCUACCUCUCCAUGUUUUACAACAAGAAGAGCCUGUCGUUGCGCAAUGCGUGGUUCUACGGGACCUCCGCGAUCGCCGGCGCGGUCGGGGGCCUCGUCGCGUAUGCGAUUGGUGAAUUGGACGGCGCACGGGGCUGGUCAGGCUGGCGAUGGAUCAUCAUGAUCAACGGCGUACCGACAGUUUUGACCGCCAUGGUGGUCCCCUUUGUGCUGCCCAACAGCCCCGAGACAGCGAAGUUCCUCACCGAAGAAGAUCGGGCGAAUCUGGUGCUGCUGCGCGAGGCGGAGGUGGGCCAGACGAGGAAUGCGCAGGUCCUGACGAGAGAGGAUGUCAUUGCUGGUGCGAAGGAUUGGAAGACGUAUGCGUUUGCUAUCGGGCAGUUCACAGGGUUGACGAUGCUGUACAGCUUCAGCGUCUUCCUGCCUACCAUCAUCGACGGCAUUGGUGGAGGCUGGUCACGGCAGGUUGUGCAAGCACUCACGGUGCCCGUUUAUGUUUCCGGCGCCGGUGUCUACCUCUUCUGCGCGUGGUACAGCGAUCGCAUCCAGCAACGUGGCAUUUUUAUCAUCGGAGGGUACCUCGUCAGCAUGGUCGGUUACAUCCUACUCAUCAUCAACCAAGGCGUUGGCGUCAGCUUCGCUGGCUGCUUCAUCGUUGCCUUCGGGCUGUGGACGUCGACCGGUCUCGCCUUCUCCUGGAUCUCGCUGAACAAUCCACGGUACGGGAAGCGCGCUUUCGCAAGUGGCAUGCAAAUAACUAUUGGUAAUGCUAGCGGUGUAUCUGCUCCAUUCUUAUUCAGCAGUGCCUAUGCGCCUACGUACUUUCCGGGGUACGGUGCGACGAUUGGGCUGUUGUGUUUGGGGCUCUGCAUCUACACAACCCUGUACUUCUGGUUCAGGAACGCGAACAGCAGGAAGCUCGCCGGCAAGGAGGACUGGAGGAUCGAAGGGUUGUCGGAACAAGAGGCGAAGGAGCUUGGUGAGCACAACCCUGGUUAUCUAUACACGCUUUGAGGG